AUGUCCUCCGGUCUCCUCCGGCUCAUAAGCAUCCCUCUGAGCUUGUCUCUCAACUCUGUUGACGACAUGUAUUACGGCUGUUCCCAGAGGAUGCUCAUCAAGGUGACGCGUCACUACCUCCCAAGGAGCACCAGGGACGGUAUUCACUCCACACACACCAAACUUUGCGCUAUUAAAGCCAUGCAGAACAAGGACGUCUAUGACCAGCUAUCUUGGAAUCACUUCAAGGCAUUGUGUGCCUACACGGCAGGUGCCUAUGAUAACUUAAACCAUGCCGUUCGUGAAGGAAAACCUUCUUACAAGACCUCAUUUGGAUUUCAUGCUCUGCACUUCUUGUUGUCUGAUGCCAUCAGGCUCCUGAAAAUCAACCAAAGGGGCUGCUACACAACCUUUCGAAGAAGCAGACUGCUCUUCAUUGGGGAACGUGGACAAACCAUGCGCUUUGGCUCCUUUGCCUCCAGCUCCCUCAACAAAGAGCUGCGGCACUUUGGACAGAGGACCUGCUUUGAGAUCCGCACUUGUUUUGGUGCCCACCUCAAGUCUUAUUCAGAGUUUGACGCAGAUGAGGAUGAAGUAUUAAUUCCUCCAUACGAAAUGUUCAAUAUUGUCUCUGCCGACAUGUCGGGACAGAAUCAUUUACAAUGUGAUGCUUUCUACAAGCUUGAGACAGCUGGGAUUUACAGUGGUCUCAACUGUCAAGCUGUGGACCUUUGA